AAGAUCUCAAUCAUGGCGCUACCGAAUUUCAAGAUAUUCGACCUCCGUGGAAGGAAUCUCAGAUUAGAGUCGCGAGAAGAUGCUCUGCUUUACAUCGGUGAACUGGAUGCAAGUAUCGUCGAGGAAAUAUACCUAGCGGACGUAACAUUUGGCGUCGGGGCGGCAGAGGCUCUUGGUGAAGUGAUCAAGAAAAUCAAACAUCUGAAGGUCGCAGGACUUUCGGACAUCUUCAUCGGUCGCUCCACCAACGAAGUACUGAAGGCUCUCCCUCUCAUCUGCAACGCUCUCAUAGACAAGCCGAGUCUCGUCGAGCUUGAUCUGAGCAACAACGCCAUUGGUGCUCGCGUCGUGGACAUACUUGUGCCGCUUCUCACUCAGAACCGUCAUAUCGAGGUCCUGAAGCUGAAUAAUAAUGGCUUCGGACCCGAGGCGGGUACCAUCGUCGCCAACGCUCUCAUCGAAGCCGCGAGGCUCAGCACAAACUUAGGGCAGGCCUCCCAGCUUCGUGUCGUCAUGUGCGGGCGGAAUCGUCUGGAGAACGAAUCCGCGACGGCUUGGGCACGAGCGUUCGCGGCACACCCGAACUUGCAACAAGUUGAACUACAAAAUAAUGGGAUCCGAGAAGAAGGGUUCGGUGCGAUUUUGCGUGGAUUGGCAUGUUGUGGAGAUCUAAGGUAUCUCAACUUGCGAGAUAACAAUUCGAUGGAUGCAUAUCCGGGUAUCGAUUUUGCGAUGUCGGAACGAGAGCAUCAUGGAUGGCAGGCUUUGAAGGAGCUCUUGCCCGCCGUGCGGAAACUUCGGUUUUUGGACCUUUCAGACUGUGGACUCAAUGCUCCUGGCUCGAUGGCGCUUGUUCAUGCCCUUGCGGAUGGUCACCAGAAGGAACUCGAAACACUUUUACUGGAGAACAAUGAUAUUGUGGACAACGUGUACAAGGAUCUGGUAAGCGUGUUAUCGGAUCGACUUCCCGCCCUCACGACGCUCGGUCUCGCCUGUAACGAGGACCUCGAGAGCGACGUCGUCAGCGCUCUGAAUGCAAUGCUAGAGGCCCGUGGUGGGAGAGUUGUGAUCGAGGACGAAGACGAGGAUCUGCCGGAGGAGAAGGGAGUGGAUGCGGCGAGGACCGAAGUACCAAACCAAGGCAGUGUAGGAGACGACGACGAGAUAUUGAGCGACCUUGCCAAUAUGUUUGGCGUUAUGGAUAUUGGCGACCAGGACUCGAAGGUCAACCGAGAGUAUGUCCAGAUUGUGCUCCGUUGCUUUAUGUUUGUUUUGCUGUUAGCGCUGUACUUUCUACUUAGAUGA